AUGAAUGAGUUUUUACUUCCAGAGCCACUUCCUCUGUUCGAGUCAGGAAAAUACAUCGAGCUUCCUAAACCUCAGUAACAUUUACUCAGAUGAAAACUCAAAACUCCUCAUUCGCCUUCCUAUUUUGCCAACUACGAAUCGCAAUUCCAGUUAAAUCCCUUUAAAUUAGCAUUUUCCCUGCCUCAGCCAGUUGAUGAUAAUAUGCAAGAUUUUAUACAGUCUUUAUUAUCAGAUUCCUGCCCUUCACCAAUCCCUCAAAGCCCAUCUAAAUUCAAGUUCUCAUCUUAUUUCGAAUGUGGAAAUUUAGAAAAGGUAUAUAAGAGAUCAGAAUUUGAGUAUGAUUUAUUAUGCCCAUCUACAGCUAUUAGCUAUUAUUUAAUAUAAAAAAAUAGUUAGAUCCCAUUUAUUUUAAAUAAAAAUAAUGAAAACAGAUACGAAUUCUCAGGGUUAUGCUCAAUGGUUUUAUUUUGACGUUGAUAAUGAGGCAAUUGGAGAAAUAAAAAUAAACAUUUUGAACUUUUCCAAAAGAAAAAGUUUAUUCAGAAAAGGAAUGAAACCUGCCUAUAAAAUAGCUAGUGAAAAUGUCUGGAAGUAUGUAGAUAAUACUGCUUAUGACUGCUGCGAGCUGGAAAAUGGCAGAAGAUUUUACACACUGUCGUUCAGGUACACAUUUACCCAAGCAAACGAAAAAGUCUCUUUUGCUUUUUCAAUCCCUUAUAUACCCCAAGCAUGGAUCUGGCUUGGGAUGAGGAAAAUAGUUAGCAAUAAAUGGUUUAUAGCAAAAAAGCAAGAUAAAUCUGAGCCUUGGUAUACAUUUACAAGACUAAAAAACUUUUUAAUUAAUGCUGAAGAAAAAAUAGGAACUGAGAAAAUCAAAGAGCCUGAAAUAGAAAUGGCAAAUUUAAGCUACAAAAGAGAAGUGCUUUGCAGCUCAGCAGGGGGGCUUCCCGUUUGAGUGCUAACAAUUACAGCUGGUAAGAAAACAGGACUUACCUACGCAAACCGAAAAGGCGUUAUAAUCACUGCAAGAGUCCACCCAGGCGAAACAACAGGCUCGUUUAUCGUUGAAAACUUUAUAAAAUUCUUACUAGACGAAACUAAUAAACAAUCUAUCGCCCUGAGGAAUAUUUUUAUUUUCAAAAUAAUCCCAAUGCUAAACCCAGAUGGUGUAGUAUGUGGAAACUACCGCACAUCGCUUGCAGGGGUUGAUUUAAACCGCCAGUGGAUUACUCCAUCUCCUACAAGUCAUCCAGAAAUUUACUAUACCAAAAACCUAAUAAAAGAAUUCCAAGAAAACCAUGAAGUCUCUAUAUUUUGCGACCUCCAUGGCCAUGCGAAAAAAUACAAUUCCUUUAUAUAUGGCUGCAAUGCUGCAGCUGAAGGUGGAGUAUUGUCAUGGACAAAGGUCAGACUUUUCCCUAGGGUGUUAGCAAGGCUUACUCGAAUAUUUUCUUAUAAAGACUGCAGAUUUAAUGUGCAGCAAGAUAAGUUGGGGACUGGAAGAGUAGUGGUGUGGAAUGAGCUGAAAGUGACUAAUAGUUUUACGCUGGAAACUAGCUUUUAUGGGUUUGAAGAUGGAAAAGAAAUUAAAGUUUAUGGGGAGGAGGAGCUAGAAGAGCUUGGUUUUAGCAUCGCAAAAGCGAUAUUAAAAUUUUCUUAUCUGUCAAAAAGCUUAUUUCCCCGUGAGAAAACAAAAAAAUUUUGUUCGCUUGCGGAGGAGGGUUAAUUUUGUUUUUUAAAAUAUUUAUAUAUUCGCAAAAAAUGAAAGCGAAUAUUAAUUUAAUUUGUAAAAUUUAUGUUUUAAACACAAUUUAUUACUUAUAAAAAAAAUUUUUCUAUUAAACAAAUUUUGUUCGCUUACCGAGAGUGGGUUUUUGGGCAAAAAAUAGGGAUUUUCUAAUGGUUUUGUUCCAUCACGAGGGGGAGUUAGAGCAAGAGUUAUUAAAAUCUAAUACCUGGCUAAAAUCAAAAUUAGUUAAAGAAUGCUCGCUAUCAGUCGAAGACAUUUUCGCCCAAAAAUUGCGAGAAAAAAGAGCCUCUUCAAAAUCAUUUGAAGGUGAAAAUAAUGUGAAAACAAAACGAUUAGCGAGAAAUACCAGUCAAGCUAGAAAUAUAAGAAUUAAGCCAAGUGACAGUUGAAAUUCCAAUAUUGAAGACCUAGAUAAAAAUUGGAGCAAUUAUUUUUCAAUCAGCGAGCUUCAAAACGCACAAAGGAAAAUCGAAUUAAACCAGCCUUGUGAUGACGAAAGCUUUAUAAGUGAUAGCUCGUCUAGUGGAGAUUCAGCUGAGCUUAGAUCAAAUUAUAUGAGCCCGAAAGCUCCAAAGGUAGAAUUUAAAGUCCCAAAAAAUAUGAUGCCGAUAAAGCUUGAAGAUGAACCGACACAGUCUAGGAUUCCAAGAAUAAUGGAAGACGUUGGGACUUGUUUUACGAGUUUUGGAUUUUUCCAAAAUAAAGUUAAAUUAUCAACGACGCCUAUUAGCUUUACAAGAUAAAGAUUAAAAUUAUACGGGUAUAGCAGAACUCACUAGUCGGACUAUCUUGAAUUGGGAAAUGUGGCCUGCGCUGGGGCGUAUAAAUUAGAGUGCAAAUGGUGUGAGACUCAACCAAAAUUCAACCUUUUGAAUUUUCUGGCAAAACUCACCUAACUUAAGGAUCAGCUCCCUAGGUCAGAGCCACCCAUAUAAGGCACCUCUCGAUAGUCCCGAAAGACGAAGAUUAUGUGAGAGGCAAAGCCUGUCUAGUCCAUUUGGUAGGGACAGAAAACUUUAGGGGAGAAGCAAAGCUUCUCUCUUCAGCAAGGCUUCCCCAAACCUAAAGACUACUUCUAAAAGGACAGAGUCCUUUUCCUGCUUUAUAGGAUAUGGUGUAACCUACUUAUAGGGAGUGCGCCUCUGAGCCCAUUUUCCUUCAGCAUCACCAUUUUAUUUCUCCUUUAGUUUUGCAAGGGUUGAUCAAAAUUAUAGAGGACUGAGGAGUCGAUAUUUUAGGCCUGGAAUAAGGCCAAGAAAACAGUCUGAGCUAGAUGAAGAUUUUAGGCUGAACGCUUCAAAUGCAACUUUGCAUCUGAGAAAAGAGGAUUCUUCACAUGGCAGCAAUACUGCAUCUUUUAGCAUUAAACUGCCUGAUAUAAGAGACCAAAAAAGAUAUAAAAAAAUAAUAAAAAACUUGUCAAAGCCUCAGAUGCCAAAAACUACGAAAACAGUAAAGUUAGAGCAUAAAAAGCCAAGCAAGCCUAACUUUCUGGUAAAGUCAGUGAAAAUUCCGAUAAAGCCGGAGGCUAUUAAUAGUAUAUCUACAAAAAAACUUAUAACUCGCUUUGAUUGUGAUUACUAUUAA